AUGGGCCUCCCCAACCAGUGGGCACGUUACCUCCGUUGGGAUGCCAGCACGCGCAGUGACCUGAGCUUCCAGUUCAAAACCAAUGUCUCCACGGGGCUGCUCCUCUACUUGGAUGACGGUGGCGUCUGUGACUUUCUCUGCCUCUCGCUGGUGGAUGGCCGGGUACAGCUCCGCUUCAGCAUGGAUUGCGCGGAGACGGCGAUGUUGUCCAACAAGCAGGUGAACGACAGCAGCUGGCACUUCCUCAUGGUGAGCCGUGACCGCCUGCGCACAGUGCUGGUGCUGGACGGCGAGGGCCAGUCCGGCGAGCUGCACGCCCAGCGGCCCUACAUGGAUGUGGUCAGUGACUUGUUCCUUGGUGGAGUCCCAUCCGACAUCCGACCUUCUGCCCUGACUCUGGAUGGAGUACAGGCCAUGCCCGGCUUCAAGGGAUUAAUCCUGGAUCUCAAGUAUGGCAACUCAGAGCCUCGGCUCCUGGGGAGCCAAGGCGUCCAGUUGGAGGCUGAGGGACCCUGCGGUGAGCGUCCUUGUGAAAAUGGUGGGAUCUGCUUCCUCCUGGAUGGCCACCCUACCUGCGACUGUUCUACCACGGGCUACGGUGGCACCCUCUGCUCAGAAGAGGAGCAUCCUCUGUCAACUCCGAUUCAUAUUACUAUGUCAAGUUUGUUGGGGAGCUUGCUCUUCUCCAGAGGAGGAGGAGGAAGAGGAGGAGCAAAGAAAGUGAGAAAGCCAAGCAAGACUCGAGAGGAGAACGUGGCUACUUUCCGAGGUUCAGAAUACCUGUGCUACGACCUGUCCCAGAACCCCAUCCAGAGCAGCAGUGAUGAAAUCACCCUGUCCUUUAAGACCUGGCAGCGCAAUGGGCUCAUCCUGCACACGGGCAAGUCGGCGGACUAUGUCAACCUGGCUCUGAAGGAUGGCGCGGUCUCCUUGGUCAUUAACCUGGGGUCCGGAGCCUUUGAGGCCAUUGUAGAGCCAGUGAAUGGAAAAUUCAAUGACAACGCUUGGCACGAUGUCAAAGUGACACGCAACCUCCGGCAGCACUCAGGCAUCGGACACGCUAUGGUGACAAUCUCUGUGGAUGGCAUCCUCACCACAACGGGCUACACUCAGGAGGAUUACACCAUGCUGGGCUCUGAUGAUUUCUUCUACGUGGGAGGAAGCCCAAGUACAGCUGACUUGCCAGGUUCACCUGUGAGCAACAACUUCAUGGGUUGUCUUAAAGAGGUUGUUUAUAAGAAUAAUGACAUCCGUCUGGAGCUGUCUCGCCUGGCCCGGAUUGGGGACACCAAGAUGAAAAUCUAUGGUGAAGUUGUGUUCAAGUGUGAGAAUGUGGCUACACUAGACCCCAUCAACUUCGAGACCCCAGAGGCUUACAUCAGCUUGCCCAAGUGGAACACCAAACGUAUGGGUUCUAUCUCCUUUGACUUUCGCACCACUGAGCCCAACGGCUUGAUUCUUUUCACUCACGGGAAGCCUCAAGAGAGGAAGGAUGCUCGGAGCCAAAAGAACACAAAAGUCGACUUUUUUGCUGUGGAACUUCUGGAUGGCAACCUGUACUUGCUGCUUGACAUGGGCUCUGGCACCAUCAAGGUGAAGGCCACUCAGAAGAAAGCCAAUGAUGGGGAAUGGUACCACGUGGAUAUUCAGAGAGAUGGCAGAUCAGGUACCAUAUCAGUGAACAGCAGGCGCACGCCAUUCACCGCCAGCGGGGAGAGCGAGAUCCUGGAUCUGGAGGGGGACAUGUACCUAGGCGGCUUGCCGGAGAACCGCGCCGGCCUCAUCCUCCCGACAGAGCUGUGGACAGCCAUGCUCAACUAUGGCUACGUGGGCUGCAUCCGGGACCUGUUCAUCGACGGGCGCAGCAAGAACAUCCGGCAGCUGGCCGAGAUGCAGAAUGCUGCGGGCGUCAAGUCCUCCUGUUCACGAAUGAGCGCCAAGCAGUGUGACAGCUACCCCUGCAAGAACAACGCGGUGUGCAAGGACGGCUGGAACCGCUUCAUCUGCGACUGCACGGGCACGGGCUACUGGGGCAGGACCUGUGAACGGGAGGCAUCUAUCCUGAGCUAUGAUGGCAGCAUGUACAUGAAGAUCAUUAUGCCCAUGGUAAUGCACACCGAGGCAGAGGAUGUGUCCUUUCGCUUCAUGUCCCAGCGAGCUUACGGGCUUCUGGUGGCUACGACUUCCAGGGACUCGGCUGACACUCUGCGCCUGGAGCUGGAUGGGGGGCGCGUCAAGCUCAUGGUUAACUUAGACUGUAUCAGGAUAAACUGUAACUCCAGCAAAGGACCUGAGACCCUGUACGCAGGGCAGAAGCUCAAUGACAAUGAAUGGCACACCGUCCGGGUGGUGCGGAGAGGAAAAAGUCUGAAAUUGACAGUGGACGACGAUGUGGCUGAGGGUACGAUGGUCGGAGACCACACCCGCCUGGAGUUCCACAACAUCGAAACUGGAAUCAUGACCGAGAAGCGGUACAUCUCCGUCGUCCCGUCCAGUUUCAUCGGCCACUUGCAGAGUCUCGUGUUCAACGGCUUGCUCUACAUCGACUUGUGCAAGAACGGCGACAUCGACUACUGUGAGCUGAAGGCGCGCUUUGGUUUGAGGAACAUCAUCGCUGACCCAGUCACCUUCAAGACCAAGAGUAGUUACCUGAGCCUGGCCACCCUCCAGGCCUACACCUCCAUGCACCUCUUCUUCCAGUUCAAGACCACCUCCGCGGACGGCUUCAUCCUCUUUAAUAGUGGUGAUGGCAAUGACUUUAUUGCAGUUGAGCUAGUCAAAGGGUAUAUUCACUACGUGUUUGACCUGGGAAAUGGCCCCAAUGUGAUCAAAGGCAACAGUGAUCGCCCCCUGAAUGACAACCAGUGGCACAAUGUGGUCAUCACUCGGGACAACAGUAACACCCACAGUCUGAAAGUGGACACCAAGGUGGUCACUCAGGUUAUCAACGGAGCCAAAAACCUCGAUCUGAAAGGUGACCUCUACAUGGCUGGCCUAGCCCAAGGCAUGUACAGCAAUCUCCCAAAGCUCGUGGCUUCCCGGGACGGCUUUCAGGGCUGUCUGGCAUCUGUGGACUUGAAUGGGCGCCUUCCAGACCUUAUCAAUGAUGCUCUCCACAGGAGUGGGCAGAUUGAGCGCGGCUGUGAAGGACCUAGUACUACCUGUCAGGAAGACUCAUGUGCCAACCAAGGAGUUUGUAUGCAGCAGUGGGAGGGAUUCACGUGUGACUGCUCAAUGACCUCUUAUUCUGGAAACCAGUGUAAUGACCCUGGUGCUACCUACAUCUUUGGGAAGAGUGGUGGCCUCAUCUUGUACACCUGGCCGGCCAAUGACAGGCCCAGCACACGCUCUGACCGGCUUGCUGUGGGCUUCAGCACCACUGUGAAGGAUGGCAUCUUAGUCCGCAUCGACAGUGCUCCAGGACUCGGUGACUUCCUCCAGCUUCACAUAGAACAGGGGAAAAUUGGAGUUGUCUUCAAUAUUGGCACCGUUGAUAUCUCCAUCAAAGAGGAGAGAACUCCUGUUAAUGACGGCAAAUACCACGUGGUGCGUUUCACCAGGAACGGAGGCAAUGCCACACUCCAGGUGGACAACUGGCCGGUGAAUGAACAUUAUCCUACAGGCAACACUGAUAAUGAACGCUUCCAAAUGGUAAAACAGAAAAUCCCCUUCAAAUAUAACCGGCCCGUAGAAGAGUGGCUACAGGAAAAAGGCCGGCAGCUAACCAUCUUCAACACCCAGGCGCAAAUAGCCAUUGGUGGAAAGGACAAAGGACGCCUCUUCCAAGGCCAACUCUCUGGGCUCUAUUAUGAUGGUCUGAAAGUACUGAACAUGGCAGCUGAGAACAACCCUAAUAUUAAAAUCAAUGGAAGUGUCCGGCUGGUGGGAGAAGUCCCAUCAAUCUUGGGAACAACCCAGACAACCUCCAUGCCACCAGAGAUGUCGACUACGGUCAUGGAAACCACCACCACAAUGGCAACUACCACAACCCGCAAGAAUCGCUCCACAGCCAGCAUUCAGAAAACAACUCAGCCAACAUCAGAUGACCUUGUUUCAUCGGCUGAAUGUUCAAGUGAUGAUGAAGAUUUCGUUGAAUGUGAGCCGAGCACAGGAGGUGAAUUAGUUCUCCCUCUUCUUGUAGAAGACCCUUUAGCUACCCCUGCUAUUGCUACUCGUGUGCCUUCCAUUACACUCCCCCCUACCUUCCGCCCCCUCCUCACCAUUAUUGAGACCACCAAAGAUUCCCUGUCCAUGACCUCUGAGGCGGGGUUACCUUGCUUGUCGGACCAAGGCAGCGAUGGUUGUGAUGAUGAUGGCUUGGUGAUAUCUGGGUAUGGCUCAGGGGAAACCUUUGACUCUAACCUGCCCCCUACUGAUGAUGAAGAUUUUUACACCACCUUCUCCUUGGUAACAGAUAAGAGUCUUUCCACUUCAAUCUUCGAAGGUGGCUACAAAGCACAUGCGCCCAAGUGGGAAUCCAAGGACUUUAGACCUAACAAAGUCUCGGAAACUAGUAGGACUACUACCACAUCUUUGUCCCCUGAGCUGAUCCGCUUCACAGCUUCCUCCUCGUCUGGGAUGGUGCCCAAAUUGCCAGCUGGCAAAAUGAAUAACCGUGAUCUCAAACCCCAGCCUGAUAUAGUCUUGCUUCCGUUGCCCACUGCCUAUGAGCUAGACAGCACCAAACUGAAGAGCCCACUAAUUACUUCCCCCAUGUUCCGUAAUGUGCCCACAGCAAACCCCACGGAGCCGGGAAUCAGACGGGUCCCGGGGGCCUCAGAGGUGAUCCGGGAGUCGAGCAGUACAACAGGGAUGGUCGUCGGCAUUGUGGCUGCUGCCGCCCUCUGCAUCUUGAUCCUCCUGUACGCCAUGUACAAGUACAGGAACAGGGACGAGGGGUCCUACCAAGUGGACGAGACGCGUAACUACAUCAGCAACUCGGCCCAGAGCAAUGGCACUCUCAUGAAGGAGAAGCAGGCCAGCUCCAAGAGCGGCCACAAGAAACAGAAAAACAAGGACAAAGAAUACUACGUGUAAACCGUGCUAACACUGAUCACACAGAAUUAUUUAUUUAUACACAGACGAAUCCUUGGACAAUGAAAGAUAACACAGUGUCGGAACUGUCUCAACUGUUGAGAUGGGGUACAUAGACCAUGACUAUGGUGGGAAAACCAUUUUUAAAAGGACACACACA